AUGUUAUCGAUAAAUAAAAAUUUUAAAAUUUUAAAAAAUAGUAAUAAUGUUAUAAUUAGUAGUUUUACAACAUCAACACCAACACAAAAUAAUAAUAAUAAUGUAAAAAGAAAUAAAUAUAUAAAUGUUUUUAGAUCAAAAAUGUUUAUUCCAUUUCAAGAUCAAAAAAUGGAAACUGAUUUAAUCGAAAGUCAAUUAUUAAUGCAAAAAGGUGGUUUAAUUAGAAAAUUAGCAGUUGGUUCAUAUUCAACAUUACCAUUCGCACAAAAAGCAUUAGAAAAUUUAAUUAAAGUUAUUGAUGAGGAAAUGGAGCAAGUUGGAGGCCAAAAGAUGACAAUGCCAAAAAUGAUACCAAAAGAGCUUUGGGAUAAAACAGGAAGAUGGGAUGCAUUCGGUAAAGAUUUAAUCAAAUUAAAGGAUAGAAGAGAAAACGAAUAUUGUAUGGGACCAACACACGAAGAGGUAGUUACCAGUAUUGUAGGAAAUGAAAAAUUACCAUUCAAUAACUUUCCAAUUAAACUCUAUCAAAUCGGUGAAAAGUUUCGUGAUGAAAUAAGACCACGUUUUGGUUUGCUUAGAGGUAAAGAAUUUUUAAUGAAGGAUAUGUAUUCAUUCGAUGUCACCAAAGAAGAUGCUGAAAAGACCUAUUAUCAAGUUAAGCAAGCUUACCACAACAUUUUAGAUAGAUUAGAAUUACCAUAUGCAUGCGUUGAGGCUGACUCUGGUAAUAUUGGUGGUAACAUGUCACAUGAAUUUCAAGUAGUUACCAAAGCAGGUGAAGAUAAACUUAUCCAUUGUUCAAACUGUGGCUAUCAUGCAAACAUUGAAAAAGCUGUAGGUUUAAAGAGUAAAGAAAAUAUAAACGAUACCUUUGAUCCAAUUUUUAAUAUUGUAAGAAUCGAAACCAACCAAAAGAAAAACAAUAAACAUAUUGCAAUUGUUGUAAACGAUAGUCAAGAUACAUUCAAUCACUAUUCCAUUAAAAAACACUAUAAUAAUAUUAAAUCAAUCGAACCAAUAACCAAAAACCAAUAUACAGACCUUUUAUCCAAACAUAACAGUAAAGAGAAUGGCGAACUCAAUUAUCAAAUAUUUGUGGAUACCAAUGCCUCUAAACCAUUUAGCAAAAAUCAAGAUGCGUUAUUAGAACAAAUAAAGAGUGAAUUUUCAAUUAACCUCAACAAGGAUCACAAGAUAAUUGAUAGCGAUAUUUUGAUUGAAGCUAAAGAAGGCGAUAUUUGUGCUCAAGAAUCAUGCAAUGGCUCAUCAAAGCUUGGUAUCAAAAAGGGUAUCGAGGUAGGUCACAUCUUUUAUUUAGGAAACAAAUACUCCUCCAGUUUUAAUGCCACAUCAUGUAAAAAUAAUAUUGUCAAGGAUUUAGAAAUGGGUUGUUUUGGUAUUGGUGUAUCACGUUUAUUAGCAGCAUCCGUAGAAGCUCUUUCAAAGAGUGGCAAAGAAAUCGAUGGUACUGUUACAAAAGAUAAAAUUACAUUCCCAAAAGAAAUCACACCAUAUCACAUUAUUAUCGUACCAAAAAAAGAAUCACUUCAAAAGGAUGCAGAGGAAAUUUCACAGCAACUACAACAACAAAUCCCAGAAUUGAAAGGACGUAUCAUUAUAGAUGAUCGUCACGAUGCUAAUGUUGGUCAUAAAAUUUUUGAAUCAAAAUUUUUAGGAAUACCAUACCUUUUAGUUUUAAAUAUUGAUAAAUCAAAACAAACUAAUUACAAAGUUGAAUAUGAUUAUGGUCAAAUCAAAGAAGAAAACAAUUAUUUAAAUCAACCAGAUACUUUAGAUUAUUUUAAAAAUAAAUUCAUUUAA